CAGCGCCGCCGUUGAACACGGACACGUUGACACAUGGUCAGCAUGUGCAAGCUCGUCUAGCGCUGUCCUCCACUCUCAGUGACGAGAUGCUUCUGCGUCUUGUCUUCUUCGUGCCAACGUGCGGGUUGCCUACCAUUACCAAUCAUGCUCCUCUUCCGUGUGCUCGAUCUCCUUGCUUAAAUACACGUGCUCCGCGCUUGCAAUCUCGAUCGCAACAGGCACCACCACCACACACAACAAUGGCGUUCUCGCGGUGCUCGUGCAGCCUACUCGUAGCUCUCCUCUUGCUCCUCUCCCUCCUGGCGGUGGGGUCGCUCGCCGCCACGGGCCCCGGCGACAUCGCCGUGUUCUGGGGCCGGAACAAGGACGAGGGCACGCUGCGCGAGGCCUGCGACACGGGCGCCUACACCGCCGUCCUCAUCUCCUUCCUCACCGGCUUCGGCGGCGCCGCCAACAAGUCCUACUCGCUCGACCUCUCGGGCCACCCGCUCGCCGGCGUCGGCGACGACAUCAAGCACUGCCAGUCCAAGGGCAUCCUCGUGCUGCUCUCCAUCGGCGGGCCGGCCGGCAACAACGCCAACUACUCCCUCCCCACGCCGCGGUCCGCCGCGGAGCUCGCCAGCCACCUCUGGGACGCGUACCUCGGCGGCUCCCGCCCCGGCGUGCCCCGCCCGUUCGGCGACGCGGCGCUCGAUGGCGUCGACUUCUACAUCGACCAGCAGGGCGGCGCCGGCGCCGGCCACUACGACGAGCUCGCCAGGCGCCUGAGCGCCCACAACCGGAGCUACCGCGGCCGGCCCGGCGUGACGCUGACGGCGACGGUGCGGUGCGCGUACCCGGACCCCAGCCUCGCGGCGGCGCUCGCGACGGGGCUCUUCGCCCGCGUCCACGUCCGGCUGUACGGCGGCGACCUGCGGUGCGAGUGGGGGCAGUUCGACUCGUGGAACAAGUGGGCGGCGGCGUACCCGGGCAGCCGGGUGUUCGUCGGCGUCGUGGCGUCGCCGGAGGCCGACAAGGACGCGUACCUGUUCCAGAAGGACCUCUACUACGGCAUCCUGCAGUUCGCCGAGAAGGUGCCCAACUACGGCGGCCUCAUGAUCUGGGACAGGUACUACGACAAGAUCAACCACUACAUCAGCAGCAGCUAAACUUCGGACCUGGUUCACUUAAGCUUAAUCAUCGUCAAGUUUGUAAUCAACAAAUAAGAUGGAGAAAACUGGUAUGAAAUGGUCAUGAUAUGUAUUGGUAUGUGAGCAUGCACUGCAUUGUACUGCUCCUAAAUAAUUGUCAUUGUUCUAAUAAAUAAGAGAUAAUCCAUGUACAUUCUGUGUUCAA